AUGACGGAGAAGUGGUUGGGAAGGUUGCUACCAAGACUGAUGAGUCCAUCGUUAACUAAGAAUGUGGCUGCGAUGGGUUGGACAGAAGGCGGCCGAAGUGGAUUUGGGCGGUUUGCCGAACCGCCAUUGACUGCUAUUUUGAAGGGGUUCGAAUUAUGCUUAGACGCUACGACCACGUCCAUAUCUCUGUUCACUGGAGCUGCGUAUUUGUUGAAGGGCGUAAUGGACCAGUUCUCACUCUUGUCGGCCAAGCUCGUGAAGCAGAGCGGAUAUGACCCUGCGAACGGUGUGCAUCUUGUAGAGCACGGUGAAAAGGAAUUGUUUCUUGAGUUAUAUGCGUUGCAAGGGCCACACCUUGGUGGCCAGCAGGAGUGGCACAAUUACUACUACUAG